AUGCAAGUACGUGAACUUAAUAAAGACAACGACAAUAACAGCAACAACAUCAGUAGCAGCAGCAGCCAAACCGAUGACAAUAACAACUACAUCAAGAUAAGCAUUUUAAGUAGUAGCAAAAAGUCACUUUCAAACGAAGUAGUUAGGGCUCUAUUAGCUAUCGGUAGAAGAAGUAAUCGUCUAUCCAGUGAGCAAAUGCGCCAUCACGAGGAAGUGUUGAGCAAAUUUAUUGCAGCGAAGGAUGAGGAAGAUGAUUCGUUUGUCACCGACGACGAUAAUGAUGAGGAUUAUGUUCCUGUUGAUGACGGAGAGGUGUCUGAUAUUGAGAAUGAGCUUGAGGUUGAAGAAGAAUUGCCUGAAAACGAAGAAAUUUAG